AUGUCGUCGUAUCAGAAGGAACUGGAGAAAUACAGAGACAUAGAUGAAGAUGAGAUCCUAAGGACCCUGAGCCCCGAGGAGCUAGAGCAGCUGGACUGCGAGCUACAGGAGAUGGACCCCGAGAACAUGCUCCUGCCAGCUGGACUAAGACAACGUGACCAGACAAAGAAGAGUCCAACGGGGCCGCUGGACCGGGAUGCCCUUUUGCAGUACCUAGAGCAGCAGGCACUAGAGGUCAAAGAGCGUGAUGACCUGGUGCCCUUCACAGGCGAGAAGAAAGGGAAACCCUAUAUUCAGCCCAAGAGAGAAAUUCCUGUACAGGAGCAGAUCACUCUGGAGCCUGAACUGGAAGAGGCACUGGCCAAUGCCACAGAUGCUGAAAUGUGUGACAUUGCAGCAAUUCUGGGCAUGUACACACUGAUGAGCAACAAGCAAUACUAUGACGCCAUCUGCAGUGGAGAGAUCUGCAACACGGAAGGCAUUAGCAGUGUGGUGCAACCUGACAAGUAUAAGCCAGUGCCAGAUGAGCCCCCAAAUCCCACAAACAUCGAGGAGAUCCUAAAGAGUGUUCAAAACAACGACAAGGAGCUGGAGGAGGUGAACCUCAAUAACAUACAGGACAUCCCGAUACCCAUGCUAACGGAGUUAUGUGAGGCAAUGAAGACAAAUACCUAUGUCCGGAGCUUCAGUCUGGUGGCCACAAGGAGUGGUGACCCCAUUGCCAAUGCGGUGGCGGACAUGUUGCGUGAGAAUCGUAGCCUCCAGAGCCUGAACAUUGAAUCCAACUUCAUCAGCAGCACAGGGCUCAUGGCUGUGCUGAAGGCAGUUCGGGAAAAUGCCACACUCACUGAGCUCCGUGUAGACAACCAGCGCCAGUGGCCUGGCGACGCAGUGGAGAUGGAGAUGGCCACCGUGCUCGAACAGUGUCCCUCCAUUGUCCGCUUUGGCUACCACUUUACACAGCAGGGGCCACGAGCUCGGGCCGCCCAGGCCAUGACCCGGAACAAUGAACUACGUCGCCAGCAAAAAAAGAGAUAA